UUCCAGCGUGCUUCAGUUUUCGGCCGGAGCGCGCCGCGAGCAGAACGCUUUUUCUCGCGAUCUUGAAUUAAUUUAGCGUUUCAAGUGGGAGGUUCGAAAGUGAAGUGGAGUUGACCGUUCUGAUUCGGAUGCAUUUCACUGGGAUGGUAGUGUUGGCAGUGAUAUUUGAGUGGAAAAAGUUGGAAAAAAUCUAGUGGUGACAAAGAAUUACUUUUGUGAAGCACCAUGUUUGUGCGGAAGGAAAAGUGUUGUGCAGUGAAGUUGCUCCUUUCCACCUUGCUUCUACUGGAAUUGACCUGCCAUGCCUUCGGCCAGGGAGCCUUUCUGGAGAUGCUGUUCGACGAGACGAGUGUGUUUCUGCGAAAUGAUACGGUGAAGCGCAUCCCUGAUACGAAGAACUUCCUGAAGGAGUACGACUUCAUUGUAAUUGGUGCUGGGUCUGCCGGAUCUGUCGUAGCUAACCGGCUGUCGGAGGUCAAGGGUUGGAACGUGUUGCUGCUGGAAGCUGGCAAGGACGAAAAUAUCCUUACGGAUGUUCCGCUGACUGCUGGAUUGACCACAAUUACAGGGUACAACUGGGGCUAUAAAGCGGACCCGAUGGAGGGUGCCUGUCUGGGGCUGGAAGAAGGCCGCUGCGGCUGGCCCAAGGGACGCGGGCUGGGCGGAACCAGUCUGAUCAACUUCCUCAUCUACACCCGUGGCCAUCGGCGAGACUACGACGACUGGGAACGCGCGGGAAACUUUGGCUGGGGCUACCGGGAUGUGCUGCGGUACUUUAAAAAAUCCGAACGGGUCAAGAUUAGCAAGUUGAAGCGUUCGCCGUACCACUCGGACAACGGGUACAUGGACAUUGAGUACUCGUCGUAUGAGACGCCGAUGCUGAGGUCGUUCAUUGAGGCUGGAAAGCAGAUGGGCUACCAGGAGACGGAUCCUAACGGGGAUGUGUUGAUGGGCUUUUCGAAGGCUCAGGCGACGAUGAGGAACGGGCGGCGGUGUAGUUCGGCGAAGGCGUUUCUGAGGCCGGUGGCGCACAGACCGAAUCUGCACAUUUCGGUGAACUCACGGGUGACGCGAAUUUUGAUUGAUCCCAUUACCAAGACUACAUAUGGGGUGGAGUUCAUCAAGGAUCGUAAGCGGUACGCGGUCAAGGUCAGCAAGGAGGUGGUUUUGUCCGCGGGAACUAUAGGUUCGCCGCAGCUGCUGAUGCUUUCCGGGGUGGGACCUCAGGAGAAUCUGCGGCAGGUGGGCGUUCCGGUGAUUCAAAAUCUUGCCGUGGGGUACAACCUGCAGGAUCACGUGACGCUUCCGGGGUUGGUAUUCACCGUGAAUCAGCCGGUAACGAUCCGCGAGCGUGACAUGCGUGCUCCGCCGAUCGUGUUGGACUACUUGUUGAACGGGAGGGGCCCGUUUACGAUUCCUGGAGGUGCGGAAGGGGUGGCUUUUGUUAAAACGAACGUGACAUUUUUGCCUCCGGACUAUCCGGAUAUUGAGUUGGUGCUUGGAACCGGUGCGUUCAACAACGACGAGUCUGGAUCGCUGCGGGCUGCUUUCGGAUUCACAAAAGAGUUCUACGAAAAGACUUACAGUUCAAUCGCUGGCCAGCAUGCAUUUGCGAUAUCACCGGUGCUCAUGCGACCGAAAAGCCGGGGUAGAAUUUCGCUGAAAAGCAAGAAUCCGUUCCAUUGGCCUCGGAUGGAGGGUAACUUCUAUCAGAACUACGACGACUUGGUGGUGCUACGGGAGGGAGUAAAACUGGCCGUACGGAUAGGAGAAUCGUCCAAGUUUGCUCGGUUCGGAGCGAAGCUGCACAAGACGCCGUUCCACGGGUGUGAACAUCUACGGUUUCGCAGUGACGAGUACUGGGAAUGCUGCAUCCGAAGGGUCGGGACAAGCUUGCAACAUCAGUCCGGAACAUGCAAGAUGGGCCCAGCGACGGACUCUUCAGCGGUGGUCAAUCCGGAACUAUUGGUGUACGGCAUCCGAGGACUUCGAGUUGCGGACUGCUCGAUUUUCCCCGUUAUUCCGGCGUCCCACACUAAUGCGGUCGCAUUCAUGGUCGGCGAGAAGGUAUCUGAUAUGAUCAAAGAGUACUGGUCCAACGAGAUUCGGUAACUGUUGAGGCAGGAAGCACGGAAUUAAGUUGCCAUCGGAAAGUGUACUCUAGUCAAAAGUUACCAUAGCACUGUAAGAGAUGUUACCUAACAGAGAUCAUCAAGACUAUCGCUUAUUUAUGAUUCAUUUCAUAUCUCUCUAUUAGAUGACUGAUUGUUUCGAGUUUUAAAAAUCGAAUUCUCAUUCAAAAUGAAGUAUUAUCGAAUGUCCACUACACAGAAAAAAAAGUGUAAUUUUAAACUUCAUG